ACAGCUGCCCCUACAACUACCACAGAGGCUCCAACAAUAGCCACAGUUGUUCCCUCUACAACCACAGCUUUUCCCAAUAAAAUCACAGCUUUUCCAACUACUACCACAGAGGCCCCAACAACAACCACAGCUGCUCUCACUACAACCACAGCUGCAACUAAUACUACACCUGCUCCCACUACAACCACAGCUGCUCCCACUACAACCACAUACGCUCCCACUACAACUACAGCUGCUCCCACUACAACCACAGCUGCUCUCAUUUCAACCACAGCUGUCCCAACAACUACCAAAGAGGGUCCAACAACAACCACAGCUGCUCCCACUACAACCACAGCUGCUCCCACUACAACCACAUACGCUCCCACUACAACUACAGCUGCUCCCACUACAACCACAGCUGCUCUCAUUUCAACCACAGCUGUCCCAACAACUACCAAAGAGGGUCCAACAACAACCACAGCUGCUCCCACUACAACCACAGCUGUCCAAACAACGACCACAGAGGGUCCAACAAUAACCACAGCUGCUCCCACUACAACCACAUCUGCACCUACAACUACAACCGCUGCUCCCACUACAACCACAGCUGUCCCAACAACUACCACAGAGGCUUCAACAACAACCACAGCUAAACCAACAACAACCACAGCUGUUCCCACUACAACCACAGCUGCCCCUACAACUACCACAGAGGCUCCAACAAUAGCCACAGUUGUUCCCUCUACAACCACAGCUUUUCCCAAUAAAAUCACAGCUUUUCCAACUACUACCACAGAGGCCCCAACAACAACCACAGCUGCUCUCACUACAACCACAGCUGCAACUAAUACUACACCUGCUCCCACUACAACCACAGCUGCUCCCACUACAACUACAUACGCUCCCACUACAACUACAGCUGCUCCCACUACAACCACAGCUGCUCUCAUUUCAACCACAGCUGUCCCAACAACUACCAAAGAGGGUCCAACAACAACCACAGCUGCUCCCACUACAACCACAGCUGUCCAAACAACGACCACAGAGGGUCCAACAAUAACCACAGCUGCUCCCACUACAACCACAUCUGCACCUACAACUACAACCGCUGCUCCCACUACAACCACAGCUGUCCCAACAACUACCACAGAGGCUUCAACAACAACCACAGCUAAACCAACAACAACCACAGCUGUUCCCACUACAACCACAGCUUUUCCCUCUACAACCACAUACGCUCCCACUACAACUACAGCUGCUCCCACUACAACCACAGCUGCUCUCAUUUCAACCACAGCUGUCCCAACAACUACCAAAGAGGGUCCAACAACAACCACAGCUGCUCCCACUACAACCACAGCUGUCCAAACAACGACCACAGAGGGUCCAACAAUAACCACAGCUGCUCCCACUACAACCACAUCUGCACCUACAACUACAACCGCUGCUCCCACUACAACCACAGCUGUCCCAACAACUACCACAGAGGCUUCAACAACAACCACAGCUAAACCAACAACAACCACAGCUGUUCCCACUACAACCACCGCUUUUCCCACUACUACCACAGCCACCCCAACGACUAAAACAGAGGCUCCAAAAACGACCACAGCUUCACUUACAACUACAACAGCGGCUCCAACAACAACCAAAGUUUCUCCAACUGCAACCACAGCUGCCCAAACAACUACAACAGAAGCUCCAACAACAAAAACGGCUACUCCCACUACAACCACAUCUGCACCUACAACUACCACAGAGUCUCCAACUACAACAACGGCUGUUCCCACUACAACCACAGCUGCACCUACAUCAGAGGCUCCAACAACAACAUCAGCUGCACCUACAACUACCACAGAGGCUCAAAGAACAACCACAGCUUCUCCCACUACAACCACAGAUGCUCCCACUACAACCACAGCUGCUUCCACUACAACCACAGAUGUUCCCACUACAACCACAGCUGCUCCCACUACAACCACAGCUGCACCCACUUCAACGACAGAUGCUCCCACUAUAACCACAGCUUCUCCCACUACAACCACAGCUUCCAUAACAACUACCACAGAGGCUCCAACAACAUCCACAGCUGUUCCCACAACAACCAUAGCUGCUCCCACUACAACCACAGAUGCUCCCACUACAACCACAGCUGCUUCCACUACAACCACAGCUGCUCCCACUACAACCACGGCUGCCCCCACAACUACAACAGAGGCUCCUACAACAACCACAGCUGCAUCUAUAACUACAACAGCUUCUCCCACUACAACCACGGCUGCCCCUACAACUACCACAGCUGCUCCCACUACAACCACAGCCGCCCCUACAACCACAACAGCUUCUCCCACUACAACCACAGCUGCUCCCACUACAACCACAGCUGCCCCCACAACUACAACAGAGGCUCCUACAACAACCACAGCUGCACCUGCAACUACAACAGCUUCUCCCACUACAACCCCAGCUGCCCCUACAACUACCACAGCUGCUCCAACAACAACCAUAGCUGCUCCCACUACAAUCACAGGUGCUCUCACUACAACCACAGGUUUUCCCACUACUACCAUUGCUGCUCCCACUUCAACCACAUAUUCUCUCACUACAACCACAGCUGCUCCCACUACAACCACAGCUGCCCCAACAACUACCACAGAGGCUCCAACAACAACCACAGCUGCACCUCCAACUACAACUGCUCCCACUACAACCACAACAGCUAGUCCGAUUACAACUGCAGCCCCCUAUACAACUACCACGGCUGUUCCCACUACAACCACAGCUGCACCUACAUCAGAGGCUCCAACAACAACAUCAGCUGCACCUACAACUACCACAGAGGCUCAAAGAACAACCACAGCUUCUCCCACUACAACCACAGAUGCUCCCACUACAACCACAGCUGAACCUACAACUACCACUGCUUCUACCACUACCACAGCCGCCCCAACAACUACCACAAAGGCUCCAACAACAACCACAGCUUCACCUACAACUACAACAGAGGCUCCAACAACAACCACAGCUGCAGCUACAACUACAACAGCUGUUCCCACUACAACCACAGUAUUUCCCACUACUACCACAGCUGACCUUACAGCUACAACAAGGUCUCCAUUAACAAUCACAGCUGCACAUACAACUACAACUGCUGCUCCACCUAUAACCACAGCUGCCCCUACAACAACCACAGCUGCUCCAACUACAACCACAACUGCUCCCACUACAACCACGGCUGCUCUUUUCCAACUACUACCACAGAAGCCCCAACAACAACCACAGCUGCUCUCACUACAACCACAGCUAGUCUCCAACUACAACAACGGCUCAACUACCACAGCUGCUCCAACAACAACCAUAGCUGCUCCCACUACAAUCACAGGUGCUCUCACUACAACCACAGGUUUUCCCACUACUACCAUUGCUGCUCCCACUUCAACCACAUAUUCUCUCACUACAACCACAGCUGCUCCCACUACAACCACAGCUGCCCCAACAACUACCACAGAGGCUCCAACAACAACCACAGCUGCACCUCCAACUACAACUGCUCCCACUACAACCACAACAGCUAGUCCGAUUACAACUGCAGCCCCCUAUACAACUACCACGGCUGUUCCCACUACAACCACAGCUGCACCUACAUCAGAGGCUCCAACAACAACAUCAGCUGCACCUACAACUACCACAGAGGCUCAAAGAACAACCACAGCUUCUCCCACUACAACCACAGAUGCUCCCACUACAACCACAGCUGAACCUACAACUACCACUGCUUCUACCACUACCACAGCCGCCCCAACAACUACCACAAAGGCUCCAACAACAACCACAGCUUCACCUACAACUACAACAGAGGCUCCAACAACAACCACAGCUGCAGCUACAACUACAACAGCUGUUCCCACUACAACCACAGUAUUUCCCACUACUACCACAGCUGACCUUACAGCUACAACAAGGUCUCCAUUAACAAUCACAGCUGCACAUACAACUACAACUGCUGCUCCACCUAUAACCACAGCUGCCCCUACAACAACCACAGCUGCUCCAACUACAACCACAACUGCUCCCACUACAACCACGGCUGCUCUGACCUUACAGCUACAACAAGCAACUACCACAGCUGCUCCAACAACAACCAUAGCUGCUCCCACUACAAUCACAGGUGCUCUCACUACAACCACAGGUUUUCCCACUACUACCAUUGCUGCUCCCACUUCAACCACAUAUUCUCUCACUACAACCACAGCUGCUCCCACUACAACCACAGCUGCCCCAACAACUACCACAGAGGCUCCAACAACAACCACAGCUGCACCUCCAACUACAACUGCUCCCACUACAACCACAACAGCUAGUCCGAUUACAACUGCAGCCCCCUAUACAACUACCACAGCUGCUCCCACUACAAUCACAGCUGCCCCUACAACUAUCACAGCUGCUCCCACUACAAGCACAGCUGCCCCUACAACCACCACAGAUGCUCCCACUACAACCACAGCUGCUCCGACUACAACCACAGCUGCGCCAACCACCACCCCAGCUGCCCCUACAACCACCACAGCUGCUCCCACUACAACCACAGCUGCCCCCACAACUACAACAGAGGCUCCUACAACUACAUCAACUGCACCUACAACUACAACAGCUUCUCCCACUACAACCACAGCUGCCCCUACAACUACCACAGCUGCUCCCAUUACAACCACAGCUGUCCCUACAACCAACACAGCUUCUCCCACUACAACCACAGCUGCUCCAACUACAACCAAAGCUGCCCCUACAACUACCACAGCUGCUCCAACAACAACGACAGCUGCUCCCACUACAAUCACAGCUGCUUCCACUACAACCACAGCUGCCCCUACAACCACCACAGCUGCUCCCACUACAACCACUGCUGCCCCUACAACUACCAAAGCUGCUCCCAAUACAACCUCAGCUGCCCCAACAACUACAACAAAGGCUCCUACAACCACCACAGCUGCAUCUACAACUACAACAGCUUCUCCCACUACAACCACGGCUGCCCCUACAACUACCACAGCUGCUCCCACUACAACCACAGCUGCCCCCACAACUACAACAGGGGCUCCUACAACAACCACAGCUGCACCUACAACUACAGCAGCUUCUCCCACAACAACCACAGCUGCCCCUACAACUACCACAGCUGCUCCAACAACAACCACAGAUGCUCCCACUACAACCACAGCUGCUCCCACUACAACCACAGCUGCUCCAACCACUACCACAAAGGCUUCAACAACAACCACAGAUGCUCCCGCUACAACCACAGCUGCACCCACUUCAACGACAGAUGCUCCUACUACAACCACAGCAGCUCCCACUACAACCACAGCUGCCCCUACAACUACAACAGCUAGUCCGAUUACAACUGCAGCCCCCCAUACAACUACCACAGCUGCUCCCACUACAAUCACAGCUGCCCCUACAACUACCACAGCUGCUCCCACUACAAGCACAGCUGCCCCUACAACCACCACAGCUUCUCCCACUACAACCACAGCUGCUCCCACUACAACCUCAGCUGCCCAUACAACUACAACAGCCCCUCCCACUACAACCACAGCUGCCCCCACAACUACCACAGCUGCUCCCACUACAAUCACAGCUGCCCCUACAACUACCACAUCUGCUCCCACUACAACCACAGCUGCCCCUACAACCACAACAGCUUCUCCCACUACAACCACAGCUGCUCCCACUACAACCUCAGCUGCCCCCACAACUACAACAGAGGCUCCUACAACAACCACAGCUGCAUCUACAACUACCACAGCUGCUCCCACUAAAACCACAGCUGCCCCUACAACCACAACAGCUUCUCCCACUACAACCACAGAUGCUCCCACUUCAACCACAGCUGCUCCCACUACAACCACAGCUGCCCCUAUAACUACAACAGCUGCUCCCAUUACAACUACAGCUCCCCCUACAACUACCACAGCUGCUCCCACUACAACUACAACAGGUGCUCCCACUACAACCAUAUAUGCUCCCACUACAACCAAUGCUGCUCCCACUACAACCACAGCUGCCCCUACAACUACCACAGCUGCUCCCACUACAACCACAGCUGCCCUUACAACCACCACAGAGGCUCCAACAGCUCCAACAUCUUCUCCAACUACAACCACAGCUGUACCUACAACUAAAACAGCUGCUCCUACUACAACCACAGGUCCUCCCACUACUACUACAGCUGCUCUCACUACAACCACAUUUUCUCCCACUACUACCACAGCUGCUCCCACUAUAACAACAGCUGCUCCAACAACUACCUCAGAGGUUCCAACAACAACCACAGCUGCACCUACAACUACAACAGUUGCUCCCACUACAGCCACAGCUGCCCCUACAUCUACAUCAGCUGCACCUAUGAUCUUAACAGAGGCUCAAACAACAGUAACAGCUGCUCCCACUACAACCACAUCUGCACCUACAACUACCACAGUCGCUCCAACAACAUCCACAACUGCACCUACAAGUAAAUCAAGUGCUCCCACUACAGCCACACCUGCCCCUACAACCACCACAGAAGCUCCAGCAACAACCACAGCUGCACCAACAACUACAACAGCUGAUCCCACUACAACCACAGCUUCUCCCAUAAUAACUACAGUGUCUUCAACAACAAUCACAGCUGUUCAAACUACAAAUUCUCCUACCAUUUCAACCACCACAGAACUGCCAUCUUCUACCACAAUUGCUUCUUCGACAAGCAUCACAAGUUUGACAUCAUCCGCCAUUCAAACCACUUCUGACAGCAUUAUGAUAACUAGUUCACCAACUGUCAGUCAGGCAUCUACAACAUUUUCAUCUACAACUGACACAUCUUUAACAAUGGCAUCAACCAUGGCUACUGCACACACCACAAUGGCAAUCUCAACCCCAAAUGUCACACUAAAUACAAGUAUCACAAAAGCCCCAACUUCUCUACCACAAUCAACUACAUCCACAACCACAACAGCUAUCCUUGCGACACAAACUUCUAGCACUACCAGAUUAACCACCACUAGCACAGUCGCAUCGACAGACCCCCCUCAGCCAAAUGAGGGUUACCUAUUUCUGAGGAUGCGUUUGGUGCGGGUUUUCAUUGUUGAAUACAACAACCCAAAGUCGUCGCAAUAUCAAGAACUGGCUGGCAAUGUCACAACUGAGCUGAAUCGGGGAUACAGGAAGCGUUACCCUUUCACUUUCCUGAGAUGCAUAAUUAUUGGAUUUUGGCCUGGGUCAGUGGGUGUCACAGCCAACUUAAUAUUUCAGAAUGCGAAUGUAGUUCCAAACAUCACCAGUGCAGAAGACUCAUUAAAAACGGUUUUAAAUGAUUCCCUGGUUUUCCUGAAUGUUAUCACUGGCAGUAUUGUUGCAGCUGAACCAAAUACUUCCAGUACUGUAACUCCUACAACUGUGGAGGUAACUGAUUACACAGUAGCAUCUACAACCACAAGUACAGCUGCAAGUACCAGUACAACAACACAAACAACUCAAACUGCCACAGCACUCACCACCAGCAGUGCAAUGGCAAGGAGCAGACCUGUAGAUAUGGUCACUUUUCUACUACCAAUCACUUUAAUCUACUUUCUGUGGUGCGACCAUACCACAGCUGCUCCCACUACAACCACAGCUAACCCAACAACCACAGCUGCAGCUCCAACAACCACAGUGGCACCUACAACUACAACAGCUGCUCCCACAACAACCACAGCUGCCCCUACAACUACCACAGAGGACAACAUAACAACCAAAAGCGCACAUACAACUACAUCUGAGGCUCCAACAACAACCCCAGCUGCACCUACAACAACCACAGUGGCACCUACAACUACAACAGACGCUCCAACAACAACAACAUCUUCUCCCACUACAACCACAGCUGCACCUACAACUACAACAGAGAAUCCGACAACUACAACGGCUGUUCCCACUAAGACCACAGCUGCACUUUCAACUACAACAGAGGCUUCAACAACAACAGCUUCUUCCACUACUACCAUAGCUGCUCCCAUUACUACCACAGCUGCAGCUACAACUACAACAGAGGCUUCAACAACAACCCCAGCUGCACCUACAACUACAACAGAGAAUCCAACAACAACGGCUGCUCCCACUACAACCACAGCUGCUCCAACUACAACCACAACUUCUCCCACUACGACCAUAGCUGCUCCAACUACAACCACAGCUCCCCGUAACACUACUAAAGAGAAUCCAACAGCAAUCAGUGCUUCUCCCACUACGACCACAGCUGCUCCAACUCCAACAACAUCCAACGAUUCUCCCACUACAACCACCUCUGUACCUACAACUACAACAGAUGCUCCAACAACAACAGCUACUCCCACUACAACAACAGCUUCGCCUACAACUAUCACAGAGGCUCCAACAACCACAGUGGCACCUACAACUACAACAGCUGCUCCCACAACAACCACAGCUGUCCCUAAAACUACCAAAGAGGAUCAAACAACAACCAAGAGUGCACUUACAGCUACAUCAGAGGCUCCAACAACAACCACAGCUGCACCUACAACUACAACAAAGGCUCAAACAACAACGGCUGCUCCCACUACAACCACAGCUGCUCCAACUACAAGCACACCUACAACUACAACAGCUGCUCCCACAACAACCACAGCUGUCCCUAAAACUACCAAAGAGGAUCAAACAACAACCAAGAGUGCACUUACAGCUACAUCAGAGGCUCCAACAACAACCACAGCUGCACCUACAACUACAACAAAGGCUCAAACAACAACGGCUGCUCCCACUACAACCACAGCUGCUCCAACUACAAGCACAGUUUCUUCCACUACGACCACAGCUGCUCCCACAACAACCACAGCUACCCAUAGAGCUACAACAGAGGCUCCAACAACAACCACAGCUGCUCCCACUACAACCACAGCUAACCCAACAACCACAGCUGCAGCUAAAACUACAACAGAGGCUCCAACAACAACAGCUGCUCCCACUACAACUACAACUACAACAGCUGCUCCCACAACAACCACAGCUGCCCCUACAACUACCACAGAGGACAACAUAACAACCAAAAGUGCACAUACAACUACAUCUGAGGCUCCAACAACAACCCCAGCUGCACCUACAACAACCACAGUGGCACCUACAACUACAACAGACGCUCCAACAACAACAACAUCUUCUCCCACUACAACCACAGCUGCACCUACAGCUACAACAGAGAAUCCGACAACUACAACGGCUGUUCCCACUAAGACCACAGCUGCACUUUCAACUACAACAGAGGCUUCAACAACAACAGCUUCUCCCACUACUACCAUAGCUGCUCCCAUUACUACCACAGCUGCCUGCACCUACAACUACAACAAAGGCUCAAACAACAACGGCUGCUCCCACUACAACCACAGCUGCUCCAACUACAAGCACAGUUUCUUCCACUACGACCACAGCUGCUCCCACAACAACCACAGCUACCCAUAG